UCAGUAUGAUGAUAUGGUGUCUUCUUAUUCAGAAAUAGAUGAAGAACUAUUGAAAAAGUUUGGUUACCAAAAAGAUAUAAUUUCAUCACCGGCUUCGAAUUCAAAAGAUGAUGUAGCAAUAUUAUCACCUAAUAAAAAUGUUGAUAAAAUUUGCAUAUCAAAGUCAGUUGAAUGUGCCAAUAUUGCUGAAGAUAAACAAUUAGAAAAUGAAAUUGAAUGCAAAACUGUCAAACCUAAAAAACCAUAUUUAAAAAGAGGCACAGGUCUGGCUAGAUAUGGCUUAAAUAUAGAAGAGGUAAAAAAAAAAUCUGGUAAACUAAAAUUUAAGAAACCAAUUAUAUCAGUUCCAUCCAARAUUAAAGUACCCAGAAAGUGUUUGAAUCAAGUUAAACCAUUCCCUAAAACAGAAUUGGUUAGUAAGCCAACUGAAAGUUCACGUCUAGACUUGAAAAAAGUUGAAAUAGCUAAUUCUUGGAAUAGGUAUGAGCCAAAAGGUUUACCAAAUGAUGGGGAAAAUCCUGAUAAUACUGAACAAAGGGAAUUGCGUGCAUUUGAAAUAUUAGAAGAACGUGCAAACAAUUCCAAUUUAAAUGCAUCAUCACCUACCGUAUGUCAACUAUUAGAAAGAGGACAAAGUUCUAAAAGUAAUAAAGAAGUACCAGCAUCACGACUAGUUCGUUCUUUAAAUUUUGAUAGGAUAAACUCAUCCACUCCUAGACAAAAUGUUAAUGAUUCUGACGAUUCUUAUUCUGACUCUAGUCAGGAAUGUGAUCCAUUAGAUUUAACAGARAAUGUACCUAAAGAUACAAAUUUAAACAGCAAUAAUAAAAAUGAAGUUAAUUCAGUUAUUUUAACAGAAAAUGAGAAGAAAUAUUUAGAAAACUAUUCUAAAACAUCAGGAAUCAUGAAACAUGUUGACUUUGAUCAAUCAUUUGAUACAGAAAUACUAAGUAAGAGACUUGAAGAGUUGGAAUCUGAGAUAGAAACAUUUCGAUUAGAAAAUACUAAGUUAAUGAAGUUACAACGAGAAUUUGAGGUUGAAAGACAAAAAUUCUUUAAGAGUAAAGAAGAUUUUUUAAAGAAAUUAAAUGAUGAAAAAAAAAAAGACGAAGAAAUGCUGGCAGAAGAAAGAAAAAAAUUCAUAAGAGAAAAAGUUUUGUUUGAGAAAAAUGCUAGAGAAUUGAGAAACAAACCAAAUAGACAAGAGAGAGAAGAAAUAAAAAAAUUAAAAGAACAGUUAACUGAGUUAAAAGAUGAAUUUAAUAAAAAAGAAGCUAGAUGGGCAACCGGCCAGGCCCGAUUGAGGACUCAGAUGAAACUAUUGGAAAAUAGUAAUACAGCUUUACGCAAUGAACUUGAAUUAUUGAGAAAAACAUCAUUUACUUAA